CUCGAUCAUACCGUACAGACACUGUCAAGAAAAGGCGCCCCUGGCAGAGGCCCAAUCGAAGGUUUUCUCUUCGUCCCCAGCCUCGAUGCCGCCGACGCGUGCAACAAUGCCACCGCUGCAUACGUCCCUGCCAAUGUGACCCGCCUCGACGAUAUCACCCCGCUCGGGAACCGCAAGAUCGGCCUGGCGCCCUGGAUCAGUGUGGACUGCACGCGAGCGUUUCUCAAUGCUUCGCAAGACGCUGGAACCGAUGCGCUGGUAUUUUUCCAGCCCAAUAGCGACGAUUCUCAACCACCGCCGGCAAGAGAUCCAUCGUGGUCCUUAGGGGAUGAGGACGACUGGAAGAGCACAAACAAGUAUCCGGUGUACGCGAUUCCCGGGCCGGCGGGUGUCACCCUGAUGGAGAGACUAUCGUUGUACGGAACUGUGAACGACCCUGACGGUGGAUUUCAGUCCGAUUACCAGUUGAUUUCCGUGAUCGAUAUAGAAAGCACCAGCCAAACCAUGCCUAGCCUCUGGGGUUUCAUUCUAGCUAUCCUGGGAACAAUCCUUGUCUUGAGUGUGGUACUGCUCGUGUUCUACCAGCUUGUACAGAGGCGACAUCGACAGACCCUUCAGCGGCGCUUGGAGAGCGGGGACGUGGAUCCGGAGCAUCUGGGGAUGCAUCAGAUACGGGUCCCGCCGGAUUAUUUGGAUACAAUGCCAAUAUAUGUCUAUGGAAUCGAGACCAACGCUGAUCACGACCACGGAUCCGAGGAACGGCCUGCUAAAGAUACAGCCCAUUCGCAUGCCCACCCCACCUCAAUGGGAUCUGCAGAGACGAUCGUCGCCAACGUCAAAGCUGACCACCAUGACACUCCACCCCGAUUCUCCUCCGAAACAAUCAUACUCAGGCCUGAACCUGCCCGCUUAAAGGAAGUCGAAGACAGAGCCGCAUCCAUUCACUCCUCCAGAAGCGGCAGCGGCACUUACUCCCCCCCGCGAGCGAAUGACAGAUGGCAGAAACAUCGACUAAGCCGAUCACAGACGACCUGCGCGAUCUGUCUGGACGACUAUGUGCCGGGGGAGUCCACCGUGCGAGAACUACCAUGCGGACAUAUCUUCCAUCCGGACUGCAUCGACACUGCAUUAACCCAGUCCAGCAGUCUGUGUCCACUAUGCAAGAAGAGUGUACUGCCAGUUGAGCGCUUUCCUGCACCA